CAUGCUAAUCACCCUCUGUCAACAACCAUGGGGAAGAUCACCUUCUUCGAGGACCGAGACUUUCAGGGUCGUUGCUACAAUUGCAUCAGUGACUGCCCCAACCUGAGGGUCUACUUCAGCCGCUGCAACUCCAUCCGAGUAGACAGCGGCUGUUGGAUGCUCUAUGAGCGCCCCAACUACCAGGGCCACCAGUACUUCCUGCGCCGAGGCAAGUACCCCGACUAUCAGCACUGGAUGGGCCUCAGCGACUCGGUCCAAUCCUGCCGUAUAAUUCCUCAUACCAGGUCUCAUAAGUUAAGGCUGUACGAGAGAGAUGACUACCGAGGCCUUAUGUCUGAGCUCACUGAUGACUGCGCCUGUGUCCCAGAACUCUUCCGUCUCCAUGAGAUCUAUUCCCUCCACGUACUGGAGGGCUGCUGGGUCCUCUAUGAAAUGCCCAACUACCGGGGGCGGCAGUAUCUGCUGAGGCCUGGGGACUACAGGAGGUACCACGACUGGGGGGGUGCAGAUGCCAAAGUCGGCUCUUUGAGACGGGUCAUCGAUUUGUACUAAGCUGUGCCUGCCUUGUUAUGAUCCACAUAGAAACAAAAUAAAUAUACAAAUUGUGUUCCCCGCA